CAACAACAAUGAUAAAAAUCUAAAAUGAAUAACAAGAAUAAAAUUCCUAUGCAAAUGUUGUACACUUUUGUUUUCUUACAUAAAAUAAUGAAGAACAAUUUAUUUCUUUAUAGAAUCAACGUACUUGGGACAAGUGGGCACGGUAAUGGGAUGGAUGGAAUUUGGUGGUGAAGGAAAUCCCAAUGCCAGGACGUGCCGACCCCGAAAGCUCGGCUUACCCAUUCUGGGCAGACGUGAGUGCCUUAAAAGUGGAAUAAAGCCGAUAAACUAUCACGUGGAAACUGGAUGCUUGGGUAUUAUUGGAUCAAACUCAAUUAUAUGUAACAAUGAUGCUGGGACAGCGAUAUUGCGCAGAUCGUACAGUGGCUUUUAUAGCCUAAUUGGCAUUUUGUCGGACAUCAACAAUUGUAGUAAUAAACAAGGCACGGCAGUUUAUUUGAAAAUUGGACCAUAUCUCAAUUGGAUAUAUAAAGAAACAAAAGAUAGCUGUUAUUGCUUCAAACCCUUUGUCAUGCCAGAUAUAAAGUCGUCUCAUCUAUCCGCUUAUUAA